AUGAGAACCGUGGGAAGUCCAGAGCCCGAUAUUCUGCAGCAUAUAAUAAUUUUUAUAAUGGUGUGCUUUCUGGAUAUUAGUGUGAAUGACUGUGCCCCGACAAAAGGUGUAUUUGUAUCUAAGCGUCAGCCAUCUAGCCUGAUCAUGAUUAUGCAAGCUGCCCCCUGA